AUGGGAGUGAGGUUCAUGCUGUGUGGCGGAAGGCUACGGUCUUGUUGGAAGUAUACAGCCCGUGCCUCGGCAUGCUCAGCGCACAGAGAGGAAAGCGAGGACAACGAAGGGCACGUAAGUUGUAGAGCGGAACAAGGCAGUGAGCGAGCGGCGGGCGCACUACGGCCAUAUGUACAACGCGCCCGCGAUGCUCCCGCGCGACCCCGCGCUACUAACUACGCCGCUUAUGAAAUUGUACAAGUAUACGAAAUGAUGAAUCCCCAAAGGGUAGCAAUUGCAUAA